AUGGACGAAGACAACCAGAUAAAGUCUAUCAAAGACUCUCUAUUAGGGCAUGACCGAGAAUUUCAAAGAUUAUUAUGUAUGAUCCCAUCAAAAUUUCACGUUUUACCGCCAGACCAAUCAUUGCUGGAUGAAGGAUUCAGUAAGAAGAGUAAGAAGCACAAAAAUCAGAAAAUCACUCCCGAAGAGAAACGCUUACAAAAACGAGCUCGCUUUGAUCCAGACGCUUCUCUCACCAUGCCUCAAUUUCAAGGUCUGGCAGAAUCAUCGUCAGCCGAAGACGACGAUUCCAAAUCACCACCUAUCAAAAAAACUCCAGCUGCUCCUCAACUCUCCCGAGCCGAGUUACAAGACAAGCUCCAGCGCCGGAUUGCCGAGCUUCAAAAUUCGGCAAGUGCUAUCGCUACAACUUCGAAAGCAGACACCGUUUCAGCGAGUGGUAGUAGUGGUGGUCACAGUCCCCCUGCACCCACGAAAGAUGCCCUUCUCGAGCUAGGCCGUCAGAAACGAGGGGAAAUGAGAGAUCGCAGGCGUCGGGAGCGUAAAGAGGGUCGGCGCCGUGAAAAGGAGUUAAAAGCUGAGCAGACUCUACUGGCCAAAAAACGCAAAGGUCUAUUACCUAAGAAGGAGAAUAAAUCGAAUGGGUCAGGAAAUCUUCAAAAGGGGAUUGAUUCAAACCGAGAUGCAACUCAAGCGGAUGAAUCUGCUCAAGACGGACGAACCAAAAGCGGAGCGACUCCUAAAAAGCUCAAGACGACGGUUCCAGUAAACAAUGCGGCUCCUCAGGAAGAACCUACCCAAAAAUCGACUUCGACUGCACAGCAGGAAACAACCAGUGCCUCCGCUGAGGUCAAAGAUGCUUCUGGUGCACCUGACUUGACGUUUUCGGCUUUACAAUUCGGAUCUGAAGCAAACUCGAAUGGGAGAAAAGGGCCGAGAAACCCUUCAUGGACUUCGAAAAAACCUAUGGAAGCCAAGUUGGCCCUUGACAGACGCCAAGCCUAUCUUGACAAACUUACUCCUGAAGCACGUGAACGGGCCGAAGAAAGCAAGAAGUGGGAAAAGGCUGGUUUACAAGCGUCAGGUACAAAGGUGAUGGAUGACCCGAAGAAGCUUGAUAAGGCAUUGAAGAGACAAACCAAGGAGAAACGAAAGAAACGAGAAGCAUGGAAUGAGCGUACGAAAGCGGUAGAAAAACUUCAAGAACAAAAACAGAAGAAACGUAGAGAUAACAUUGAGAAGAGAAAAGAACAAAUUCGAGACAAGAAGAAAGGUGGAAUCAAAGCUAAAGGUAAUUCAAAAUCAAGUAGUGCUGGAAAAGCGAAGAAAUCUGUGAAAGGUUUUUAA